UCAUUUUUUUUUGGGUCCAUUAACACUACAACAUUCCACUUUCCCCAUUUCAAUUUCAUUUUGCCCUAGUUACUUCAUCCGUCUCUCCUCUCUGCUCUACCUUAUCGCUCUACUCUAUCUCGAUCGCUCACCUGCAAGACUCCCCUCUCUGAAAAAUAUUUUGCCUUUUGAUUUCAUCACCAUCUCUCUCUGGAGUUCCAACCCUUAUUACGUUUCUUUGCCGCCACUGCGCUUAUAUGUGCGUUGAGGAAGGAUAAAUAAUAAGCUGACAAUGAAACGAACGGUUAGUGAAGUGGAAAAAGUGAGUGAACAAAAUACCGAAGCUUCAACUUCAAAAUCAUCCCAACCACCGCCGAAGAAGAGACGAGGCCCGACAUGAUGCAAGAAUGUCACAGACGCGACAACCUUAUUACCUUUAAGGGUUAAUAAGUUUAGACAGCCGAUCGAUCCUGGAAGUGGUACAUAUACUAAUUAUUUGGGAACACUUGCCCGGAAGGGUAAAUUAGCUCCUUUGUGCUACAAAACUUGGUGGGAGAUGCCUAAACGGCUGAAGGAGGAUAUGUGGAACAUUGUAAAAGUAAAACCCUUCAAUAACAUUAAAAUAAUUUUUAUGGAAAAAGUGGACUAACAUACAGCAAUUAUCACAUUUUCAGGAAAAAUAUGAUGUGGGAAUCAUUUCAAAAUAGUGGACAUUAUCCUCCAUCGAAAAAAAAUGGAGGGGGUACAAAUGUGAAUUAAAAAAUGAAUACUACUCAGUUAGGGAUACAGAUGAAGAAAGAUUGGCAACCCCACCACCUAAUGUUGAAAAGGAGCAUUGGGAAUUUUUGGUUAGGCAUUAGGGUACGCCUAUGGCGAAGGAGGUCAACAAAAAAAAUAAAGAACGUUGUGGGAAGCAGACAAUGAUGCAUACUACAGGAACAAAAAGCUUUGCACGUGUUUCUGCCGAGAUUGAGGAAGACGAAGUUAUUCAGCUUUCUCGUGCAGAUUUAUUCAUCCGCACACAUGUAAAUAAGGAUGGCAAAGCUACUGAUGCUGCUACUUCGGAGAUGAUUGAAAACAUAAGAGAAUUUCAAAAAAGUUACUCUGACUCGCCUAUUAGCAGUUCCAAUGAUUUGUUCUCCAUUGUGAGGGGAGAAGAGAGAACUGGUUGUGUAUGGAUGCUUGGCUUCGGGCCUACACCAAGCGAUGUAUGGGGGCCCUUUCCUAGUAAAGCUGAACUGAUUAAUAAUGUCAAAAAAUCUCAGGAGGAGGCACGUGUUGCAUGUGUAGAGUUGCAAGAGACGAUUUCAAAAAUGCAAGCCGACUAUGACAACAAGUUGGAAAAUUUUCAAGCCAACUACAACGACAAGUUGGAAAAUUUACAAUAACAGGUGGCUAUACUAAUACAGAUGCAACAACAAAAUUGUAGUGGACAGGGUUCUGAUUCUUUAAAUGCUCCUCCUAGAGUAUCCCCAAAUUCAUUUUCUAGUCGUGAUGCCAAUUCAAUUAAGGUUAUGAACUUUUAAUUUCUCUUUUAUAUAUGUUAAAUUUUCAUUUAUUAUAAUGUGCGCUUAAUGAAUUUAUAAAAAAUGUAGGGUAAUUCAAAUCAAAUGGGCAAUCAGACUUGUUGAAGUUGAAGCUGAAGAUGAGGUCAUGGCUGUACUUUCUGAAUAUCCUUUCCCUUGGAUGGGUCCUUAUUGAAAAACUUGUACUACAUUUGUCAAAAAUUCUUAAUUCUUUUUGUAUGACAUUUAGUAGCUUUAUCUAGACAAUUUGGAUGGUAUUUUCAUAUUGACAGGUUAACUUGUGGUUGUAUUAGUAUACAUUUUGGCUUUUUGGUUGACAUUUACCAGCUUUAUCAAUCAAUAGCCAAUUUCGAUGGUAUUUUUCAUAUUGGCAGCAGGUUAACUUGUGGUUGUAUUAUGUAAAAACAAUUUGGAUGGUAUUUUUAUAUUGAUUUGUGUUAUAUUGGAUGACAUUUAGUAGCUGUAAAAAUAAAAAGUAAAAAAUAAUAAUAAUAAUAAUAAUUAUUAUUAUUAUUAUUAUAAUUAAAAUGACCGCUUUACCAACUCUUGUUCAAAAAGUGCUGGCAUAGGGGGAAAAAAUAAAAAUAAAAUAAAAUGACCCAAAUACCAGCGCUUUUUCAAAAAGCGCUGACGCAUGGAAAAGAAAAAUAAUUUAAAAAAAAAAUUAAAAUGACCUCAGAACCAGCAUUUCUUGAAGAAGCUCUGGCAUAGGGGAAAAUAAAAUAAUAAAAAAAAAAAAUUAAAAU